GUUUCAUUCAUGCAUAUAGCAUUCACUAGCCCGAACAACGUAUACUUAGAACAAUUAUUUUUACAUAGACUUUGCACUAUGCCUGCACAGAGUUGGAAUAGCUAACAUAAAGAUUAAGGGACUAAAAACAAUUAUUGCAUAUGCAUACAUUUAUAAUGUUUUUCUUUUGUAAGCGAGCAACAGGCAAACAUCAUUUUACCAGGUGAAACCUUUGGUAAGACAAAGCCAAAUAUCUGUCAUCAUUACAGUGAAAGAUGGAAUCUCCGGAUGAUUUAAAUGUGCGCUACGCGACAGCAAUAUUGCCUUUGACAGUGACGUUUGGACUGUUUGCAGUAAUAGGCGUGGCCGGGAACAUCAUUGUUCUUUUGGUCUUCUCCCUUGGACGGGCUUACCGCCACAAUAACUUUAGAGUGUUUGUCUUAUGUUUAGGGACAAUAGACCUCCUCACAAGUGCUUUCUUAAUACCUGCUGAGAUGGCAAAACACAGAAACUAUUUCAGUUUUGAAAGCCUGGCAUUGUGUAAAACGAAAUGCCUCUUCAAUGUCUGGGCAGGGUGCGCAGCGGCGCUCUCGUUGUUGGUUAUUUCUAUUGACCGCUACAGAAAGGUUUGCCGCCCCUUCAAGAAGCAGAUCACGCCACCACUUGCUAUGAAACUUUGUGUGUUCCUCUCAUUCUUUUUAUCCAUCAUUUUGUCCGUUCCAGGAGCCGUUAUGUGUGGAAUUAAGGAAACCAAGAAAGAAAACAUCUAUGGAAAUAUGACAACUGUGUACUUGUGUGAGACUGAAGAGAAAUAUGAAAAGCAUAUCUUGAGGUCAAUUUACAAACUGACAUUCAUAGUUUUGCUAGUAGGAGUGUCAGUCGCUUGCAUCAUUAUGUACAUAUUGAUCGGAAAACAGAUCUACGCACAUUGGGGGACCAUGCCGGUGUCCUUCCGUAAAGAUUCCACCAAAGAAUAUAACUCGGAUUACUCCUCGGAUACAUUUGGACAUCUUAAAUCUGCAGGCAGCUCUGGCAAAGCGAGUGACCAGGUGGAAAAAGCCAGUACUGAUACAAAAAGCUCAGAUUUGGAUCCUCCACCAAGUCCAAUAGUGAGGAAUCCCCUGACUCGUUCAGAGAGCAAUGGAAGUGCAAGAAAAAGUCGACCGCCACUGGUAAAACAAGCUACAAUUGAAGAGAAUGGCCAGGAAAAGGCUCAGAAAAAGUUGAUAAAGCAAUUAAGCACCAUAAGCGAUGAAGCAGCUGCGCGUCGUCGAAAGAUGAGUCGGAAUACUUCAGGGUUCGGGAUUCGCCGUUUCCCAUACAAAACUCUGAUAUGGUUCAUUCUUACUCUUGUGUUUAUUAUUACAUACAUCAUGUAUAUUGUGUUGGCAACGAAGGUUCCAGGCCUUAUAAAAAUGGAGCCGACUUCGUUUGCAAUUUUUCAGUCCUUCUUUAGACUGUAUUUCUUGAACAAUAUAAUCAAUCCGAUCGUGUAUGCAGCUUUAGACAAAAACUUUCGAGAUGCGUGCAGAACAAUUGGACCUAGACUGAAGGCUAGAUUUCGCGAAUGCUGUUAGAUUAACCACUAUAUCAGAGCCAGUGUUAAUAUGGGUCAACUAUUGUUGUUUAAUCCAUUUAAUGAAAUAUAUAUGACUGCAAAUAUUUCAUUUAUGCAUCUGCAAGCAUAUCUGAUUUGUAUUUACAAUGAUUGUUGCUUGAGCACCAAUCGCUUGCAUUUUAUACAUUGUAAAUAUCACGAUAGAUAGUAUCAUCAUGUGACAUAAUGUCUACUGAAAUAGUUUUUUUGUCGAUGACACUGUGAGUUAAUGACUUGUUUAAAUGUGCUGUCUUUAAAUAUGCUUUAUUAUUAAUCAGUUUGUCUUCUAUUCUGUAAAGCGAGUACGUUGUAGUUUUAUAGCAAACCAUAAAAUAUCUGAAUAUAAAGGAUUUAUUUUGUA